AUGGCGCUUGGCUUGAAUGUGUGGCCUAUACUUAUGGCCAUACUAGUAUUAUCGUUUGCACCGUCAACACUAAGCCAGAUGUCCACCAAAUUGAACGAACGAGAAAGUUCGGAUAAUUCUACUCAAAAUUUAUCCCGGGAUUUGCGCAUGGAAGACAUUAUGCACCAAAUCAAUCGACUCAAAAGAACGGCGAAGAGUUAG